CUCUGCGCCUGCGCGGGUGGAGGGCGCGGCGGCGCGGCUGGUGCCUGGGCGCUUGUAGCGAGGACUCGGCGGAGAAGCGCGGCCGAGCACAAAGCAAAGGGGAAAAUGAGUCCAUAAAAGCAGCAGUUAUGAGGCAGAGCCUCAGUGAACCAUGGCGACAACGGGUGACUGUCCUGGAGGUGCACCACAGGUGGUCUCAGUUCUGGAGGAAGAUGCCGUGGACGAUGGCUGUGAGAUGCAGCUCCUGCAGGAGGGGGCCCAGCUGCAGCCGGAGGAGUUUGUGGCCAUUGCAGACUAUGCUGCUACUGACGAGACCCAGCUCAGUUUCUUGAGAGGAGAAAAAAUUCUCAUCCUGAGACAAGCCACAGCGGAGUGGUGGUGGGGAGAGCGCGGCGGCUGCCGCGGGUACGUCCCUGCGAACCACGUGGGGCGGCAGCUGCAGGAGCACGGCCCGGAGGACGCGUGGCAGGAUGAGGAGUACUUCGGCAGUUACGGGACUCUGAAACUUCACUUGGAAAUGUUGGCAGACCAGCCUCGGACUACGAAGUACCACAGUGUCAUCCUGCAGAACAAGGAGUCCCUGAAGGACAAAGUCAUCCUGGACGUGGGCUGUGGCACUGGCAUCAUCAGCCUCUUCUGCGCACAUCAUGCGCGGCCCAAGGCGGUGUAUGCUGUGGAGGCCAGUGAGAUGGCGCAGCACACAGGCCAGCUGGUCAUGCAGAACGGCUUUGCCGACACCAUCACCGUGUUCCAGCAGAAGGUGGAGGAUGUGGUUCUGCCCGAGAAGGUGGACGUCCUGGUGUCCGAGUGGAUGGGGACCUGCCUGCUGUUUGAGUUCAUGAUCGAGUCCAUCCUGUAUGCCCGGGACGCCUGGCUGAAGGAGGACGGCAUCAUCUGGCCGACCACCGCCGCGCUGCACCUGGUGCCCUGCAGUGCUGACAAGGACUACCACAGCAAGGUGCUCUUCUGGGACAAUGCCUACGAGUUUAACCUCAGUGCGCUCAAGUCUUUAGCAAUCAAGGAGUUCUUUUCCAAGCCCAAGUACAACCACAUCUUGAAGCCGGAAGACUGCCUUUCUGAGCCAUGCACCAUAUUGCAGCUGGACAUGAGAACUGUGCAGAUCUCAGACCUGGAGACCAUGCGUGGCGAGCUGCGAUUCGACAUCCAAAAGGCUGGCACCCUGCAUGGCUUCACAGCCUGGUUCAGUGUGCACUUCCAGAGCCUGGACGAGGGCCAGCCGCAGCAGGUGCUCAGCACAGGCCCGCUGCACCCCACCACACACUGGAAGCAGACCUUGUUUAUGAUGGACGACCCGGUCCCAGUCCACACAGGAGAUGUGCUCACAGGCUCUGUUGUGUUGCAAAGAAACCCAGUGUGGAGAAGGCACAUGUCUGUUGCUCUGAGCUGGGCUGUCACUUCCAGACAAGACCCCACAUCUCAAAGAGUUGGAGAGAAAGUCUUUCCAAUCUGGAGAUGACGGUUGAGCUCUGCCUGGGAGGCAUGGUGUGUGUCUUGGGGGAUGAAGGCACACUUGCCCCCCCCCCCAUGCACCUGCUCAGAAGGCCACACACGCAUCCAUUCCGUGCUGAUCCCUUGCCCCCUGGCAGGUGGCUCCAGCCCCUUGAAGCGGCGUUGUCCCUCUCGAGUAUGCUGUGCCUGCAGCUGUUCUGUCCGUGGUACCUGCGGGUCCCCGGGGGUCGUGGCUGUGUUCCCAGCCCGGUGCGGCUCUGGGGUCCCGGACCCCCACGCCAGCUGUGUGUGUGUGGCGGUGCUGUCCACGCCGGUGUCCGUGCCAGGCGCCCCCACCCGCAGGGCGCGGGAGUCGCUGAGCAACUGGGUCUCAGUGUCGGAACCGGGGCACCAAUGCAUGCCAUGGGCUCUGUGUGGGUAAAAUAGCGUGUCGGUGUCUUCUAGAUGAAUUGUGUGUGAACAGAACAUGCCCAAUAAAUAUUUUGUAAUGA